AUGUCUCAGAAUACGCAAAAUCUCGGCGAUGUGGACUCUGUGAUCCAGAAGGGAGCCGAUCAGGACACUGUGCUGGCUGACAGCCCCGUGUCUGAUCCUGCCAGCAACGAGAUCGACAAACAGGACUCUAAGCAGGAUUUGUCGAGACCUGCAGGUAUCGAGGCCGAUGAUCUGCUCGAAUCCGAGCCUCCGCACACAGAAGGUGAGAUUGAGCAUUGCGAGACUGUUUCAGAUCAACCCACGUUAGCUAAUUCCGCGGAAACGCCUCUGGAGAAGACGAUUUCGGACAACAACCAGACUGAGGGAUCGGCUGUGUUGGGGCCUGAAAACGGAACAACUAGCGAGGAGAUUCCGGCCGACUCUUCAGAACCUCUCCAGGACGCACAUGCGGUCUCCUUAGAACCAGAAUCGCUGCCCCAGGACUCCUUGCUCGUCGAUAGCAUACCUUCAAAUGACGUGGUGCAACACAUAGAACAGCCAGACGUGUCCAAGUCUCCGUUGGAUGUGGAAGACACACCAGUUGAAGACAAGGACGAGACAGAGCAUGUAAUAGAGACAGUUAGUGUGGAUAGCGGUGAAAAAAGUCCCUUGCCAGCAGAACAGAGCGAGACAGUGAAUAAACCGAACACGGAGACGGCUGAGUUACCUGUGGAGCCCCAAAAGGAAGUGGAAGCCAUUCAAGAAACACCGGAGAAGCCUGAACAGAUCGAAGUACCUGAUGUAUCUGCAGCCAAUAUCCCUGACACCAUAGAAGAUCCUGUUCAGGAACCGUUGUCGAAUGAAGCGGAUAAGCAUGGGCCUGCAGAUUCUAUUGAUCCUGCAACAACGGUACCAGCAGAGACAUCACAACCAGAAGAGGCGACGCUGCCGUGGGACGAGGAACCAGUGGAAUCGCUUCCUUGGGAAACUGAUGGCCCAUCCGGAUUUUUGCCUAAGGAACAGCCUCUGGAACAGUCCCAAGAAACAGCUCCGGAGCAACCUCUGGCGCAAUCGACGGAAAAGGCUCCAGAGGGGUCGUUGGGACAACCUCAGAAGGAGAUCCUUCCAUGGGACACUGAGCCUAGCGAGCCACUGCCUUGGGAAGAGCGCAAGGAGCAAGACCCUCUGCCAUGGGAGGCAACUCCUGGCACUGGCUCUGGAAAUGAAGUAAACGUGACUCAGAGUUUCCUGGACUCACUUGGUGUUGAAAGUGCGAGUGAGGCUCCAAAAAAUGACCCGUCUGUCGAGGAUAGCGACGUUUUGAGUGAAGUUCAGAAAGAAAAGUCCCAGGAAGUUACUGAACAAGAUGUGACAGCUACCGUGAAACCAGCUGAGCCAGAAGAGGCAGCAAAGCCACAGGAGGAGCAACAAACAGAGCCCAAGCUGGAUGAUAAGUUGAGUUUCCUCGAGGAAGAUAACGAGCUCUUGCUGGACGAAGUUCUAGACGACGAUUUCUUGGAUGAUGAGCCGUCUGCUGCGCAAGCCACCAUUCCCGUUUCUCAGACACCUGCCGUUGGUUUGUCAAGACAAUCGCCUGCUCCGGCAUUUGCAUCACGCUAUGCCCCACAGGGGUUCCAGACUACUUCACCACCGCCUGCCAUUCUGACACCCUCGUACACUAACUUCCAAGCUCCAUCGUUCCAGCAGUCUCAUAUCAAGGAAAAACUGGAAAAAGAGAAGAAAAAGACGGACGCAUACGAUUUCCCUGCAGAGCUGCUAGCUAAGCACGCUCCUAUCUCGAAAACGCCAGCUCCAAAGCAGAAUGUGUAUACUAUGAUUGAGCUUCAGAAAAGCCACGCACACAAUCCAGCAUCUCCGGCUUCGCAGUCGAAUCCUCUGCCUCCACGGGCUGGCAGUGUUUCGUCUACUCGUUCGACGCCUCCACCUGGAAGAGCUACACUGAAACCACAAAAAAGCUUUUUUGAGGAACUUCCGCUUCCAAGCAUUGCAACCCCUUCCUUGCAUCCUAAAAAUCCAUAUGAAUUAAAUGCGUCCAGCUCAACAGCUAAAAAUCCAUACCAACCAAAAUCGCCCGCCAUUUCACGAGCCAGUCCCUACUCUCCUAUUGUUGCCAACGCGCAGCUAGCUGGCGUUAAUCAACCUCCAGCAGGCGCUGUUCAUCCUCCACCUCCUGUUGGUGGUCGGCCGAGAAAGUCUACCAACCCGUAUGCGCCAGCUGAGGCUGGAGGGCACGCGAGAACGCCAUCGACCACUUCCACUCCACCAGUGAAUCCCAACGUUGUUCCGGUGCCCCACAAGUCGCCGAUCGCCAAAAUAGCAAGUCCAAGAAGUCCUAAUGCACACAUGCAAUUUGCUCAGUCUGCUAGCGAUACGAAUAACUUUGGAAUACCGCAACUCCAGCUUGGAGCUUCUCAGCCGCAAGUUAGGCAUCAUUCAAAUCCACAGAAGGCUACAAAGUACUCUCCCUACGCGCCGCAAGCUCAGCAAUCGAAGCUUGUUCCAUUUCCUCACCCUUCGGCUCAGCCAAAGAGUAAUUUCCAGCCAUUAGACUCUGUUUAUGGUGACAAUCUGAAGCCGGAUACCAGUUCUCCUACAGUGUCGCACAACAGAAGAAGCUCAUUUCUUCCACCCGGGAAAAACUCCGGAUACUCUUCUACGCGGAGCAACGCAUCUACUCAUCUGGUCCAGUCCACUCCAGCACCAGUUGUUGUCAACCCCGAAAAUUUGGUCAGAAGACAGUGGCCGUUGUUUAGUUUCUCGGGCUCUAACAAAGUGGCAUACCUCAUUCCUUCUUCAUACGGCUACGGACAUCACAAACACAAUGUGGAAAUAAUUGACGGGAAUUGCGUCUUCAAGAACGAAUUGCUCGUGCAGCAGUUCCCUGGCCCCUUGGUCAAAAAUAGAACCAAGAGGAAGGACGUUGAAAAAUGGAUCAACGAUAAGCUGCUAUCUUUGGGAGCUGAUUUGGAAGGCCCAUUCACCUCGGAGGUCCAUCUUUUGUGGGCUGUGAUGAGAGCCCUUGUCAUAAACAUCAACAAGCCUGGUGACUUUGCUCAAAAGGAGUAUUUGCGAAGCGUCGUGCAAGUUUUGAAUCCUUCUUUGGUAGUCAGCGAUAGUCAGGAUGGACCUACUGAUUUGAGCAGCAUUGAGACCUACUUCGUUCCUAAUCAAAAGCCUUUCAACGCGCACAAACUGGAACAGGUCGGUUUGCUCAACCUCAGCAAGUAUCUGGAAGUUGGAGACAAGCUUAGUGCUCUUCAAAUGGCCAUUGGCGAGGAGGACUGGGCAAUUGCACUGAUUGUUGCAAACCUCCUCGGGCCAGAAGCUUUUGCUAAAGUCACCAAACUGUACACCGAAAGAACCUUUGAUGCGGCAGAUGUUCUGCAACAGAACCUGAGCUUCUGUUUGCAAUCAUCAGGCGAGAACGGAUUGAGUGCCGAACAGUUCCACGGCAAAGAGGAGUGGGUAAUCGACAACUUCAGAUCUGUUAUUCCAUUCGUCCUUCUCAACAACAAGAAUCCCGCUCCUGUGUUGGUUCAAGUUGGUACUUUACUUUCAGAGGCCGGCUUUGAGCUCCACGGCAAACUCUGUUUCUUGCUGUCUGGCCUGCCACUGAUUCCUAAAAUUCAAACCGUGUCGCCUAGCGACAUUGACUCGAUGAUCAUUGACGAGCUUUAUGAGUACGUGUUGAGUUCAUCCUCAAACAUCCCUCCAGCUUUUUCAAAUGGUUUCCCACAUAUUCUUUCCGUCAAGGUUCGCCACGCUUCCUACUUGUUGGAUGUUGGUCAUUUUGCGGAGGCUAAGAAGUACGUUGAUCACACAACAGGAGUCAUCAAAUCCAAAGCUACCUACGUUGACCCUACCGUUGCAUUUGCCAAUGAUCAGCUGUUGGAGAGACUUUCCCAGACAGAAAUCGAGGUCUCUGGAUGGUUUGGCGGAAAGUUGGGCAGAUCUGGCUUGGACAAGGUUUGGGGCCAUCUGGACAAGUCGUUUAACAAAUUUGUUGCAGGUGAGGAGCUUGAGGACGGCAAAAAAGCGAAAUCGGAAGGUGUCUUUGCCAAAUAUAGUCCUGCUCCCUCUCGCACUCAAUCUCAGCUGGACUUAUCCACCAUACAGCCACAGUCUCAGCCUGUGAUUCCAACUUACCAAACAUUAUCCCGAGCACCGUCGUUUGGCAUGUACGCCUCUUCUUCUCACUCGCAGUCUGCUCCUACAACAUCGUCAACUUCCACUCUUAUUCAAUCUCAUCAGCCUUACUCGCAGGCAAAGACAAAGUCGAAAAAGGCUUCCGCUUAUGCCCCUCUUUCUCAGCAAGGUGCUGGCAACGUUUACGAUAACGAGAAGCCGAUGCCGAAUACUGCUCCUUUGUCAUCUCCUGGAUCGUCCCCUUCGGCGCAGAUAGCAGAUCAAACCCAGGGUGCCGUUUCGUAUCCACCAGCUGCUGCAAGAUCCCAGUCUUUUGUAGAGGUUGGACGUGCUCGCCCUGAGCUGCCGUUCACAACAUCUACUCCAGGGCCGGGACAAACUUACGCUCCUCAAAGUCCGUUCCAAUUGGACAACCGUGAAGCUUCCGGAAAGGUUUCCAAAUACGGUCCUCGCAAGGAGCCUGCAGAUUUUAGUGCCUAUUCACCUGCUCCAGCUGGUAAGGAAGAAAAACCGGAUUUUGGUGAAGAGCAUGAUACGUCCAUAAUGACCGACGACAUUGUUCAGCAACCGGCUGCCAGAAAGUUUGUGCCAAACCGAGUUGAGUCGCUGGAAAUCUCUCCUGUUCAAUCAAACGAGCCUCCAGCCCUGCCGGCGGCACCACCCACGCUCCCUGAAUCGCAGGCAGAAAACAAGCCACCAAAGGCUUCCAACGCUCCGCCAAAGAAGCCGAACGUCUACAAUCCUUAUGCGCACGUGACCUCGAGAAAAUCUAACGGAUCCAAGCAGAGCCGGUACAAGCCUGCUACGAACGUUAUGGCUGAAUCUACCCAAGCCCCUAACGACACUAAUGCCCAGGACUCCCAGGCUCCUGACUUCGAUUCCUAUGAUUUCUACAGCUACGGGGGCUACCAUGCUCCUACUGCUGCAGAGAUCGAGGCCGCUAAGAAAGCCGAGGUGGAGGAAAAAGAGAGACAGGAAGAGGAGUCAUUGCAUCCGGCUGAAAAAGAGCCAGAAGACCACCGUAGUCCUGAGCUCGAGUCGGACAUCGAUUCAGAGCCCAACGACGAACCAUUACCUCCUCCUAGUGGCAGAAUCCUGAGGCCUGCUGCCUCGUUCCAUGCUGCAGAUGCAAGCCAUCUCCAGAGCAUGUUUGACCCUCCAUCUGCUCCAUACAGACCGGCAAAGUCACCGGCUACCGUUAUCACGGAUCAAAAGCGGUAUCAUGCUGAAGACGACGAUCAGGAGUACUACGACGAUGUGGUAGAUGAUGAUGAUGACGACGACGAAGAAACGAAGGAGCAGAAGAGAAAGCACAAUGAGGAAGAGGAAAAAAGAAAAAGGAGCAAGAAGAGGCCAAGAUGA